GAUGUCUCCGCUCUUGGUGAAACCGGCGUCCGGUGUAUAAAUACAAUAUUGUAUAUAAAAUGCAUUUAAGACGUUUAGGAAGUUUUUAUUUCUAAAAAGUCACUCAUCAUGUACGAACUUCUAAACGAUAUUUUGCAAUGCAUCGAAUUCGUGUCCAGAAGCGUAAUGCCUAACCUUGCAGAAAUAGUAGAAACGUGGGACAGAUGCUCGCAGUUGUACGCUGGUGUUGUAGACAAAAUUAACGUGGCUUGGAGGGCUCCUUUGGAUACAGAAUUUUUAGAAGAAUUCCCUGAUAUUAGAACUAAAGUGGCAAAAAAACUUGAAUGGCUUGGAAAUGACCAACUUUCUGUCUUACGUUUACUUAUUGGACGCAUGUUUAACAUAAAUGAAUGUCUCAAAAUUAAAUUGGAUAGGAUUAACAUCAGACUUGAGCAAAUAUCAUUUGAAGAACAUAAUGAGCUUAAGCAUUCAGUCCGAGAACAUGUCAUGUGGAUAGAAGACUGUUGGACAUGUCUCCAUUGCUUCUACAUGCAACUUGAUUUUGCAAUGAUGUCAUUAAUUGUAUCAGAUGAAGAAUCAGCAUCAAAUCUAGUAAAAGCUAUUCAACAAGAUGAAAAGGAUAAAUCAACCAUUGGAAAAUCACAAAUUUAUAUGCAAAGCUGCUUAAGUCUAAUUAAGUUUUUAUCGAAUAAAACAAAGAUUAAACAGUUUUGCCUAUAAAUUGGAUUUUCCUAUUUAUCCAUAUUGUUCCUCUAAAAUAUAUUGUGAAUAAAAAAAUAAAAUUCUAAUGU